UAAACCUCGAUCAUGAAUGUCGAAAAAAUCGAAAAACUUGAAGACAUCGUCCCUUUGGGCGAAAACACGACAAUAAUAGACCACCAAGUGAAACGUCUGACAGCACCUGGUGAAAACUAUGGUAGUUUAAUGCUCAGUGUUGAUAUCACCGUCCAAAAUGCUUACGGUACUGAAGAAAUCCACACCGUUGCAAAAAUGGUACCACCGAAUGACUUCAUCCAGAAAGUUUUCAACACCCAGACCACCUUCAAAAACGAAAUUGCCUUUUAUAAUAAUAUAGUACCGGUUUUGCAAGAGUUCCAGAGGGAACAAGGUAUGGACGAACUUAUCGACUUUUUCCCGAAGUACUACGGAAGUCGGAUUAAUUUAAGUGGAGACCCGAGUGUUGUCGAUUCGGAUGCUGUUCUUCUGCUAGAGAAUUUGAAGACUGCCGGCUAUAAAAACUUCGAGCGGACAUUAGGAUUUGAUCUAGACACCUCUAAAUUAAUAGUCGCUGAUUUGGCAUAUCUGCAUGCAGUACCGUUAGGACUGAAAUUGACAAAACCCGACGUGUUUGAAACCGAAGUGAAGAAAUACUUAGCACCUUUCGAACCUGACGGCCCCAAUGAGUUCCAACAACGAUUUUUUGCGAUUACUGACAAAAUAGAUGAACUGCGUAUUUUCAGAAAGAGAAUUCAGAAGGUUUUCAACAACAUCCUGCCGAACAGUGAAGCCCGCGAACCCUUUGCUACCUUGGUACACCAAGACUGCUGGGUAAACAACACCAUGAUCAAAGUGGAAAGAGGAAAAUCCGUGAAAAAUAAGUUGGUUGAUUUUCAAAUUUGCGACUACGCAUCGCCCGCUAGAGAUUUAGUAUUUUUUCUUUUCUCAAGUGUACAGAAUAGCGUCUUGGAAAAACAUUACGACGCUUUAGUCCGGUACUACCACCAGACGUUCACAGAGGUCUUGCAGGCACUCAAAUGUGAGACUACAAGAUUCUCGUUUGAUGCUUUCUUGAAGGAAAUUGAUUAUGAGGCUGCCAAUACACAAUUCAUGCAUUUGAUAUUCAUGACUUUUCCAAUUUUUGCAAGAAAAGGGACGGUGAAGGAACUGUCGGAGAUUACGCCAGAGGAUAUGAUACCGGAGUCGGCCGAAAUCACGGACCUUCACAAAGAAAAACUAAUUUUUGUCAUUAGGCAAUUUGCUAAACGAAACUGGAUUUAAGUAAAUUUUUUGAACCAUU